CGCUCUCACUCCCUCAGGUCGGCUGCCCUGCAGAAUUUCUCUCCAGUGGAGGCUUGGUUGUUAGUCACUGGCUCGACGGCCUAGCAGGCUCAUCUGCUCACUGGACGAGGCCUUGGCAGACCUUGGCUGAAUGACUCGGGUCGGAUGGCAAAUUGAACAGCAAAUCUUUCAAUAGGUCCAGGCCCGAGAUGGGUGAAUCUUUUCUCAAAGCUUGAUGAUUCCCCCUCUCCAGGGGUCUCAAGCGAGAGAAGAGACCUGAACCAACGCCAGCCACUAACCGGGGUGAUUGGUUAGAUAGAAUUCGCAUGUAUCUCUUGACCACGGUGAAUCCCUUAGUGGUGUAAGAAUGGCGUCAGUGUGUGUUUGAGCAAACCAGAUCCAGGCAAAGAGCAAUAUCAAGUUCGGGGACUGUGCACUCAGCCAUGGGCAUGGCAUGAUCAGCACAAUAGCAUAACACGGCACAUAAUGAGGAUAUACCGCUCAAGCACUAAACCACUAGUCAGACACCUUAAAGGUCCCUGCUUAGACGAAGGAGGUUUACGUUACCCCAGAUGCACCUCAUUCCCCAGAAAGAGCCUCGUACAGCCUGGUAGCCUGGCCCUGUAUUUCGACGUUCGUGAGCCACUCAAACAACAACGUGGACGGAACAGAAAGCCGUCAGAGGUUGGAGCAUAUCACCACAUCCCAGAUCAUCGCUCAAAUGCCGCGAGCGGAUCAUUCCAAAAUCGGAGCUCGGUGAAGGAUAGAUUGAGUUUGCGGAGACAUUGGGAUGUCGUUGCUACGAAACAGUCGGUCUAAGAUGUUAACGCGGGUAGCUGAGAUGGAAGAGGAAGGUUUUAUAGUGUUGUCUCCAAGGCCCCUCCGUUGUGGGUUUGAUACCUGUCAUAAAGUUAACAGAAAUUGAUUGAGUCAUUACGAACACGGUCGACUAUCGAGAUACUUCGUCUAAUGAGGCAACAUGGAAGAUAAGCCCAUAUUCACACAUGGCAUCUUACAAGCCUCAUUCCAUUUCAUUUCUUGUUCAAUUCAACUCAGCACCCAUUUGAAUUUAUUGGUAUGCGAAACUAUGAUUCAGGCGAUCAUGGGUUCUCAUAGUGCAUCACCAGAAUUAUUGGUGACCUUCGAAUCCGCCAAGAAAAGCCUUACUCAAGUUCUGGAUAACGACACCUCCAUGGCUAUCGAUUAUUCAAUCCGCGGUUCGAACAGUGGUUGUGAAACCAACGGCUGUCAAACCAAAGUGGUCAAUUGAUGUGGUACAAUGGAUGAGAACAUCGCCCUUGAUACUGUGUAGUCAGAAUAAGACCGCACUUGAGCUCAAAUCAUUUGGUUUAUUUGAAGUUCUAAUUUAAUCAACGGGUAUAAUUCACUGUACUGCAUAAAUAUCAGUAUGGUAAACGUGAUUGACUGCCCAACCCCUCUCUAGUCAAGUCAUGACCAGGUCAAACUGUCCCACGUUUCUCAAGCAGUAAAAUCGAAAGAAACCGAGCUCCACGUUUCUUGAAAUGCAAACCAGU